GCCCAUCAGAAAAUCCAUACAGGGGACAGGCCCUAUAAAUGCUGUGAGUGUGGAAAAUGCUUCACUGAGAGUUCAGACCUUUCUGUACAUCAGAGAAUCCACACAGGGGAGAGGCCCUUUGAAUGCCGUGAGUGUGGGAAAACCUUCAAUCGCAGUUCACACCUUAUUAGGCAUCAAACAAUCCACACAGGGGACAGGCCCUACGAAUGCAGUGAAUGUGGAAAAUGCUUCACUAGCAGCUCAAACCUUUCUCAACAUCAGAGAAUCCACACAGGGGAGAGGCCCUUUGAAUGCCGUGAGUGUGGGAAAACCUUCACUUACAAAUCAGGCCUUUCUAGACAUCAGAGAAUCCACACAGGGGACAGGCCCUAUGAAUGCAGAGAGUGUGGGAAAACCUUCAAUCGCAGAUCAGGCCUUUCUAGACAUCAGAGAAUCCACACAGGGGACAGGCCCUAUGAAUGCAGAGAGUGUGGGAAAACCUUCACUCAAAUAUCAGCCCUUUCUGUUCAUCAGAGAAUCCACACAGAUGAGAGGCCCUAUGAAUGCAGUGAGUGUAGGAAAAGCUUCACUCACAGAUCAGACCUUUCUAGACAUCAGAGGAUCCACACAGGGGAAAGAUCCUACGAAUGCCGUGAGUGUGGGAAAACCUUCAGUCGCAGCUCGCACCUUAUUAGUCAUCAAACAAUCCACACAGGGGACAGGCCCUAUGUAUGCAGUGAGUGUGGGAAAACGUUUACUCAAAGAUCAGCCCUUUCUGUUCAUCAGAGAAUCCACACAGGGGAGAGGCCCUAUGAAUGCAGAGAGUGUAGGAAAACCUUCACUCACAGAUCAGCCCUUUCUAGACAUCAGAGGAUCCACACAGGGGAAAGAUCCUACGAAUGCCAUGAGUGUUGUAAAACCUUCAGUCGCAGCUCACACCUUAUUAGUCAUCAAACAAUCCACACAGGGGAGAGGCCCUAUAAAUGCAGAGAGUGUGGGAAAACCUUCAAUCACCGCCCACACCUUAUUACCCAUCAGAGAAUCCACACAGGGGAAAGGCCCUAUAAAUGCUGUGUGUGUGGAAAAUGCUUCACUAAAAGUUCAGCCCUUUCCAGGCAUCAGAGGAUCCACACAGGAGAGAGACCUUAUGAAUGCUGUGAGUGCGGGAAAAGUUUCAGUCACUUCUCUUCCCUUAUCUCUCACCAGAGAGUCCACAUGGGAGAGAAACCCUAUGAAUGUUGCGAGUGUGGAAAAAGCUUCUCUCGGAGCUCAAACCUUACUAUGCAUCAGAGGAUCCACACAGGAGAGAGACCCUAUGAAUGCAGUGAGUGUGGGAAAAGUUUCACUCACCUCUUCUCUCUUAUCUCUCACCAGAGAACUGUCAUUUCGACCCACACAGGAGAGAAACCCUAUGAAUGCAGUGAGUGCGGGAAAAGCUUCUCUCGGAGCUCAACCCUUGUUACACAUUACAGAGUCCACACUGGAGAGAGACCAUAUGAAUGCUGCGAGUGUGGGAAAAGCUUCACUCAUAGUUCAGCCCUUUCUGUUCAUCAGAGAAUCCACACAGGGGACAGGCCCUACGAAUGCCAUGAGUGUGGGAAAACCUUCACUCAAAUAUCAACCCUUUCUGUUCAUCAGAGAAUCCACACAGGAGACAGGCCCUAUGAAUGCCGUGAGUGUGGGAAAAGCUUCACUAAUAACUCGGCCCUUUCUGUUCAUCAGAGAAUCCACACAGGGGACAGGCCCUAUGAAUGCCAUGAGUGUGGGAAAAGCUUCACUAGCAACUCGGCCCUUUCUGUUCAUCAGAGAAUCCACACAGGGGAGAGGCCCUACAAAUGCAGUGAGUGUGGGAAAACCUUCACUCGAAUAUCAACCCUUUCUGUUCAUCAGAGAAUCCACACAGGAGACAGGCCCUACGAAUGCAAUGAGUGUGGGAAAAGCUUCACUAGCAACUCGGCCCUUUCUGUUCAUCAGAGAAUCCACACGGAGGACAGGCCCUACGAAUGCCGUGAGUGUGGGAAAACCUUCACUCAAAUAUCAACCCUUUCUGUUCAUCAGAGAAUCCACACAGGAGACAGGCCCUACGAAUGCCGUGAGUGUGGGAAAACCUUCACUCGAAUAUCAACCCUUUCUGUUCAUCAGAGAAUCCACACAGGAGACAGGCCCUACGAAUGCAAUGAGUGUGGGAAAAGCUUCACUAGCAACUCGGCCCUUUCUGUUCAUCAGAGAAUCCACACGGAGGACAGGCCCUACGAAUGCCGUGAGUGUGGGAAAAGCUUCACUCAAAUAUCAACCCUUUCUGUUCAUCAUAGAAUCCACACAGGAGACAGGCCCUACGAAUGCAAUGAGUGUGGGAAAAGCUUCACUAGCAACUCGGCCCUUUCUGUUCAUCAGAGAAUCCACACAGAGGACAGGCCCUACGAAUGCCGUGAGUGUGGGAAAACCUUCACUGAAAUAUCAACCCUUUCUGUUCAUCAGAGAAUCCACACAGGAGACAGGCCCUACGAAUGCAAUGAGUGUGGGAAAAGCUUCACUAGCAACUCAGCCCUUUCUGUUCAUCAGAGACUCCACACAGGGGAGAGGCCCUACGAAUGCCGUGAGUGUGGGAAAAGCUUCACUCAAAGAUCAGCCCUUUCUGAACAUCAGAGAAUCCACACGGGGGAAAGGCCCUAUGAAUGCCGUGAGUGUGGGAAAAGCUUCAAUCGCAGAUCAAACCUUUCUGUUCAUCAGAGAAUCCACACAGAUGGGAGGCCCUACGAAUGCCGUGAGUGUGGGAAGACCUUCUCUUGGCACUCAGCCGAUAAUAGCCAUCAGAAAAUCUGCAAGGGCAAUGAACACCAUAAAACCCUCUAGGGCUAUCAAUUUUUUUUCUUUAAUACUUUUCCUGAUUCCCACAUAGUAACUUUUAAAAUCUGUUUGAACUGUUCGCAGCACCGUUAUCUCUCAGCUUGGCCAGAUGAGUGGCCCAUUUAUGCCUUUUGUAGUUUGCCUUCUUUUGAGGUGGGCCCA